AUGCAGCCAGUGACGAAAGACGAUGGUGGCGCCGUAGCGGCUGCUCAUAAACAUCACACCGCUGAUGAUUUUAAGCAUUCCAACCUCGUGCCGCCAUCAAAUACCGACAAAGACUGGAAAACACUGGAACGUGUCCUCGGCCGGCGCCGACAUCAGCAUCGGCAAACAGAUGGCACCUCCAGCUCUAUAGGCCCAGCUUCAACAUAUUCUACUCGAGAUAGGGCUCGCUUGGAACAAAAGUCAGAUGGUCCCAUGAUAAGGCCACGAAGCAAGACGUAUCUUACUGCUACCGUAUUGCACAGCGGAUCAUAUAGCGACUCAUCGAUGCCCACGACCAUCUCAAAAGACACUACCCAGGGAAUCGAAGCCAAGAAUAGGUGUCUUCUUGCAACAUUUUGUACUAAAACGAAACUGUUCAAUCCACCACUACACAACUCUCCAGUGAUUCCGGACGCCGCUCGUGGGGAUUCAUCUCGACGAUCAACGGUUGCGGAAAAGUCUGACUUUGACUCUGGCGCAGAAGGCAGUGCCUCACUUGGUGCUGAUGCAUCGAACAUUGUAUGGGGAAACGCUUCUCACAGCUCAGCUCUUGGAAGAACCGAUCACGGGGAUGACGAAGAUGUCAAAGACAUGACUAGCGAUGACACCUUAGACGCUAUCAUAAAAAAGGGGGAACAUCUGAAGAGGGAGAUGAUAGCCGAUAUAUCACGUCAGAGAAAGCAAGCCCGUCUUGCUCGGCACCAGGAUCGCAACAAGCUCAUUCGCCGCUUGCAGAAUCUGGAGAAUAUCGAGAGAAAUCUCGAGAGACAUCUGUUCGACGCACACUCCGUCGAAGCUGCAAAUGCUACGACAGCUACAGCUUCGGCACUUGGCUUAUUUGAUACGCAUGUAUCAGCCGCUCCUCGAUUCCGGAUUCCUCCUCGCCAUAUGUCAGACGAAACUCGGCGAAAGCUAGAUGCAUUUUUGCUUACCGCUCCGGUCCAAUCGAUUACGCAGCAGAGCCAUGGACUCCCAUCUUCUCGGCUCUCCAGAAAACCUCGACAUCAGAUUAUUAACCACGAGAGAAACGCGAGAUUAACCAACCUACAAAAACGAGUCAAUACAGGCUCGAGUACACAAGGCAACAAUGGCGAUGACAUUGAAGCGAAUUAUCGCUGA